AUGAAAAUGGCCUCCUCCUCAUCAUCUCUGCCUCCUCUGGGACUUGCUUUUGUUUUAUAUCCUUAAAUCGACCCGACCCCACAGCUCUUCCCUCCCCCUCCCCCCUAACUACAAAUCUUCUUCUUCAUCACCAUCCAUCCAUCCAUCCAUCUAUCCAGGCCAAUGUCCUCCUCCUCCAUUGUUGUUGUUGUUGUUGUUGUUGUUGUUACUUAGCAGCAGCAGCAGCAGCUGUUCCAACUUCCCACACACACCCCACCUUAAAAAACCCGAACCCAUAAAAAGGUCCCCUCCCCAACUGCCAAUGGGCGUCGUCGACAUGUCCAACAACAACCCCCCUUCUUCUCGUACCAAGGACUUCUUCGCCUCCCCAGCCCUCUCCCUCAGCCUCGCCGGGAUUUUCAGGGAUGCCGGGGCGGCGGCGGCCUCCAGGGCCGAAAGCGGCGGCGGCGGAGGGACGGAGGUGGAGGAGGGCGACGAGGGGAGCGGAGGAGGAGGAGGUGCAAGGGGGCUGGGUCUGCGGGAGGAGACGGUCGAGAUCAGCAGCGAGAACUCCGGGCCCGCGAGGUCGAGGUCCGACGACGAGUUCGAUCCUGACGGGGACCCGGAUGACGACAACGACGGGGACAAGAAGAAGAAGAAGCGCAAGAAGUAUCACCGCCACACCGCCGAACAAAUCCGAGAAAUGGAAUCGCUGUUUAAGGAGUCGCCUCAUCCCGAUGAGAAACAGAGGCAACAACUGAGCAAGCAACUGGGACUCGCUCCAAGGCAAGUUAAGUUCUGGUUUCAGAACCGUCGGACCCAAUUGAAGGCGAUUCAGGAGCGCCAUGAAAAUUCUCUGCUGAAAACAGAGAUGGAGAAACUGAGAGACGAAAACAAAGCCAUGAGGGAGACCAUCCAGAAGUCAUGCUGCCCAAAUUGUGGCUCGGCCACCACUAGCAGAGAAACCGCCUUGACCACACAAGAACAGCAAUUGCGCAUUGAAAAUGCCCGACUCAAAGCCGAGGUGGAAAAGCUCCGGGCGGCUCUUGGAAAAUACCCACCAGGAACAAGCUCACCAUCGUGCUCUGCAGGGGCGGACCAAGAAACCCGAAGCUCAUUGGACUUUUAUACAGGGAUCUUCGGGCUUGAUAAAUCCAGAAUUAUGGAAUUGGUCAAUCAGGCAACAGGGGAGCUACAGAGAAUGGCAACUGCCAGGGAACCUCUCUGGGUGAGGAGCGUCGAGACAGGUCGAGAGAUUCUCAACUACGAUGAGUACGUGAAGGAGUUCUUGCCUGAAGGCCUGACUUCAAGUGAUGGCAGGCCCAAGAGAUCCAUCGAGGCCUCGAGGGAGACCGGGGUGGUCUUUGUUGAUCUUCCACGACUCCUUCAGAGUUUCAUGGAUAUGAAUCAGUGGAAGGAGAUGUUUCCCUGCAUGAUCUCAAAAGCAGCUACGGUUGAUGUUAUCAACAACGGUGAAGGUCCAAAUAGAAAUGGAGCUGUACAAUUGAUGUUUACGGAGCUUCAGAUGCUCACGCCGAUGGUGCCCACAAGGGAAGUUUACUUCAUCAGAUUCUGCAAGCAGCUGAGUCCCGAACAGUGGGCUAUCGUUGACGUCUCGAUCGACAAAGUGGAGGACAACAUUGAUGCGUCUCUUGUUAAGUGCCGGAAACGCCCGUCUGGUUGCAUCAUUGAGGACAAAACCAAUGGCCAUUGCAAGGUGAUUUGGGUGGAACACCUAGAAUGCCAGAAAAGCACAGUCCACCCAAUGUACCGGACGAUCGUGAACAGUGGCCUCGCCUUUGGUGCUAGGCAUUGGAUGGCAACGUUGCAGCAGCAGUGUGAGCGUCUUGUGUUCUUCAUGGCCACUAAUGUCCCCACCAAAGACUCAAGCGGGGUUGCCACCCUUGCUGGGAGAAAGAGCAUACUGAGGUUGGCACAGAGGAUGAGCCAGAGCUUCUGUCACGCCAUUGGAGCUUCAAGCUUCCACAGCUGGACUAAAGUCCCGGGGAAGAUGGGAGAAGACAUUAGGGUGGCUUCUAGGAAGAACCUGAACGACCCGGGAGAGCCUGUGGGAGUGAUCCUUUGUGCAGUCUCAUCUGUUCUGCUGCCAGUGUCUCCUCAUGUGCUUUUCGACUUCCUCAGGGAUGAAGCUCGUCGACAUGAGUGGGAUAUCAUGUUGAGUGCAGGUCCAGUACAGUCAAUUGCGAACCUAGCCAAAGGACAAGAUCGUGGCAAUUCAGUAAACAUCCAAACAAUGAAGUCGAAAGACAACAGCAUGUGGCUGCUCCAAGACACUUGCACAAAUGCUUACGAGUCAAUGGUGGUGUACGCCCCAGUAGACAUCACGGGCAUGCAGGCCGUGAUGACAGGCUGUGACUCCAGCAACAUUGCAGUCCUGCCUUCAGGAUUCUCAAUCUUACCUGACGGGCUCGAGUCGAGGCCCCUUGUGAUCACCUCCAGGCAGGAGGAGAAAAGUUCAGAGUGCGGGUCCCUCCUUACAAUCGCAUUCCAGAUCCUAACAAACACAUCCCCCACAGCCAAGUUGACAAUGGAGUCCGUGGAAUCUGUCAACACCCUCAUCUCCUGCACGCUGCGGAAUAUUAGGACGAGCCUGCAGUGCGAGGACGGUUAACCCCGAAUAUGCACAAAAGGAGUUCACUGUUCGCCACUGAAACUAAUAGAUAGGGAGCUGAUUAAUUAAUUAAUUAAUUGUAAAACUAAUAGGUUUUUAGUUUACUUUUCACCAAAUUCUCCCAUCCUUUUGAUAUGUUUACGGAGAUCUCAGUCCGGUUUCUAGUAGCAGUAGUUGUAUUGGGUAUUGAAGUUUAAUUUGUUCUUUUGGGGUUGGCAUUGCAGGCCAUGGAUUUUAAAGGAGUCUGUAAUCGAUGGAAGUGAUGGUGGAAGGAAACAGAGAAGAACAGUGCAGAAAUUUUGUGGUCUGUCAUCUUCGUAAAACCGACAGGAACUGGAUUUGUUCAUGUACAUAUAUGGUGUAUGCAUCAUAGUACUUAAUCUUCCACGGAAUAGCCGAACAGACAAUGGAUUUCUAUGCCCCGAAAACUAAGCAUGCUAGAAUUUUGUCA